UUUCAAUUCCAUUGAUAGUUAUUCCAAUGAAACACAUUAUGGGAUUUUACAUGAAUUCUCUAGAAUCCAAUUCAAAUUCCAAUUCUAUUACAUUCCAUGAAACAAGCACUGCCUACUAUUAGAUCUAAGAUUGGUACUGGAAAGUUCACUCCACAUAAAAGUUGCGCAAUUGAUUAAUAGAAAAAACACAAAGUUUUCUUAUUCAAGUGAUUGUGAUAACAUCUUAGUGAAAUUUCCUAAUUCCUAUCAAUAUCAUGCUAAUUAGUGAAAUCAGGUAAAACACGUUAUACUUGGGGCAUAUAACACACAAACAUCAGUAUAAGCGAAAAACAAAGACUCUUCUACACUUCAGAUAAAUUUUUUUUUAACUUUAAUCUAACCGAAAGUAUGAUUUUUGAGUCACGUUUCACAUCGUCAGUAAGUUCAACCGAAAGUUAACCGAGGCCUCAUCGAGAACGACAACGAUAGGCGAUCAAUAGUUAGAUACAACUUUAUACUAAUAAUAUGUUGCAAACAAAACACUCGAAGGUAGGUUUAUUUAUGUUAAAAUAAACAUGAUGAAGCUAUUGAAAUACACAAUCCCCUCCUUUUCAAAGAAAGGUAAACAACUAUUUUCCCUGCUUUUUAACAUGAAUGGGCCCGCGGGAAAAGUAAAAAAGCGACACGAGCUCACUCCAAAGCGCGUGAACACGGUGGCAAAGUCGUAAAUAACACCUAAAACAAGCCCUAUAAAAAAUGGGGUGGAUUUAUACUUUAUACACAGCUGACGAAGAUAAUUCUCCUUUGAGUUGUCGUAGUGCAGACUAGCCACACGAAACCCUCCUUUGCGGUGCUCCUGUCGCUUUUUACUCAGAAUCAACGAACAUCGAAGAUCGUUCUGCUCUGUGUGUAAUCGAAGAUCCGAUUGCAUGGAAAACUCGAAAGAAGAGAAAGAUGCACCGUGGUUAUCGGUGCCACAAUUCGGGGACUGGGACCAAAAGGGACCAUUGCCAGACUAUUCUUUGGAUUUCUCGAAGAUCCGAGAAAAGAGGAAACAGAACAAAAGGGAACUAUCAAGAACUAGCAUUGGUAAUGAAGAAGAGUUCAUUGCUUCCAACAAAUCUAAACUCGAUGCAACACAGGCACAGGCACAGCCACAGCUGCAGUCAAUUGCUUCCAAUAAUGAUUACAACCAACCUCCAAAUAGCCGGAAAAGCUUAUUAAGUUGCUUCAGUUGCUGUGUGAAGGCAUGAUGAUUGAAAGAGCAAAACUUUUUAACUUUUGUUGGUUUACAUGGUACGCGUUGCAUUGGUUUGUUAAUUAUUUGUGGCAAUGAAGUACAUUUUGUGUGGUUUGUUAUUCCACUUUUGCAUGAUGUAAUGUAGAUGGAAUGAAAAUGAUGUUUUCUUCAAAUUAACUCUUUAUGGGCAUUGCCUUAAAAAAAACUUGAUUAGGGUGUGCGUUAAUUAUUAUAAAAGACUUGUGUUGUUUAGGGUUGGACUUGGAAUAAUGUAAUACAUACAUGUUAUGAGA